UAUACUUUUAAAUAAAUUCAUCAAUAACAUUUCAUAUUUUUUGUUUUGUUCCCAAGAAUUGAAUUUUAAAAUAGCAACUUUUUGGAAAAAAUAUUCUAUAAGAGGACUGUAACUAUAAAUGAAAAAUGACAGAAACUCUUUCUGAAACUUUUUCUUGAUUAAUUGCCCCCUCUUGUACACCAUAUUAAGGGGGGAUUGCUAUGCUCAGCUGUGAUUGGCUGUUUGAGGAGGGCACAGCAUUAAGACCCUGAUAAAAGUUUCAUCAAUGACCAAAAGCCUGUAGCAGAUGCACUCCAAUGCUCCCACCCACACGCAUUUACACAAGUCAUAGGUUCCCUGUUCGUUUGCCAGUCCAGCUUUGGCCCGUGGUUCUUUCUUUUGGUUUAAAUGCAUCUAUAGGCCUCUGAGUUCAAGAUAUACAAGUCAAUACUGUAGAUCCAGGCAGAAACAACUUUUGGUUUUGCAUUGACUGAGAGGAAAUUUUGAAAUAUUGUGCAAUGGUGCCACAAAAGUUUUGAAAGAUUGUGAGCAUUUUGCCUGCAUCUUGUGAGUCGGGUCGUUGGACAACUCAGGUCUCCAUGUUGCAUCCGUACAGAAUGGAGAGCUACCUCAUCCCCCCUCCCUCCGAAGAAAUGUACGACCCAGAGAUCUACAGACAUCAAAUGGCAGAAUAUUACAAUCCAUAUGUGCUGGAUUCAGACAUCCCUUCAGAUCACUGGGAGUACCACACUCACCCUCCAGUUCAUUCAGUGGAGUUUGAAACUCUCCCAGAGACCAAUUUCACAGAGUUACAGAGUGUCCAGUCCCUUCACCCCACCCUCAUCAGACACGACGCCCUCCGGUAUGACCCUGAAAGCCUGCUGGACCCCAAUCUGGGAGCGCACCCACAUGUCCUACAGCAACCUGUGGCCUACUAUUCUCGGGCGGUGUACCCUCAGAUCUCACAGCGCAGCUCAGACGAUGAAGACAACAGAGCUCUGGAGGUGUCUGACGAAGAGUGCAGAGACCGGCUGCCCUACAUCCCAGGAGAGCUCGGCAACAAAAAGAAGAUCCGCUUGUACCAAUUUCUUUUGGACCUCUUGCGAAAUGGCGAAAUGAAAGACAGUAUUUGGUGGGUGGACCGGGACAAAGGCACAUUUCAGUUCUCAUCCAAACACAAGGAGGCACUCGCCCACCGCUGGGGCAUCCAGAAGGGCAACCGCAAAAAAAUGACAUAUCAGAAAAUGGCACGGGCUUUGCGUAACUAUGGCAAAACUGGCGAAGUGAAAAAAAUUAAGAAGAAGCUGACAUACCAAUUUAGUGAUGAGGUGUUGGGAAAGAGCCAUCUGGACAGGAAACAUUAGACACACACCCACACAUACCAAAAAGUUAAAAUAUAUUGUGUUAUAUUAUUACAGGUUAAAAUGACUUACAUUUAGAGAUGCUGUUUUAAUUUUCAGUUUGGAUUUAUUUAUUAAACCAACUUAUGUGUAUGUGUUUCUUAAUACUUUUUCCAAAAAUUUUAAUUUUAAAGAGGAAUUAUGUAACUUUUCUGGUGGAGGGUGCGCUGCCUGCUUGUCUCCAUGGAGAUUUAUGCAACUCAGGAAGAAUACAUGGUUUCAAGGUAUUUUAAGCAAGAUAAUCCCAUGCUGUGGAACAUACCAAUCAAAUGUUUGAGACAACAUGGAGACAAGCAGGUGGCAGUAAAGUUAGUGCACCUUUAAAAUCUAAACUACACAAAAUGAAUUAUUUGAAUUAAAUACAUUUUAUGCAGUUAAAUUUAGAGCACCAUAAUACCCUUAUGUACAUAGCAUUACACUGUACAGUAACAAUAUACACAAUGCAGCGUUUAUAGGACUAUAGGAAUCCUCUGGAAUGUGUUUUUAAUUUUAAAGAAUAAAACAUUUUUGAGAUUUCUUUUAAAAUGCUAUUUAAGUAGAAAACUGGCUCUGGUUCUUUGUGCCAGAGAUGUGUAAAAUAUGAUAUUGUACAUACAUUAUUAAAGUUGUAAUUGUA